AGAAUAUGACCACAGAGACGCGGACGUUCCGGUGAACGUAUAAAACCUCACAGACGGGAGGGUCCUUCAUCAUUUAUCAGUCACUUCUGGACUAAACUGUUGUAUUAACCCGGACUGGCGCAGAUCCAACACGUAAAAAGACAUGAAACAGGGUGAGGAAGUGAAGGGAGGAGGAGUUUACUGUUUGGACUUUAAAACGCGUGUGAGCGGUGGAUUUGAGGAGCAUCCUGGUCCAUUAGAUGUCAUCUGAUUCCUUGUCUGAUCAUGAAUGUGUGUGUGUGUAUGUAGGUGUUUUGAAGGAACCGGAGAGCUUCAGCUUCAUUUCAGGACGGUUCAUCUUCAUCCCCAUCGGCCUCUUUAGAGAUCAAGAUGCAGCAGCUGGAGGACGAGAGGGAUGAGGAGCAGAGCGUUUCAGGACAUGAAAGUUUUAUAUAAAACGAGAGAGAAAAUGAGGCUACUGGGUGACAGGUUUCAACUUCCCAGAAAGAGGGUGACCCCCUACCUGCUCUACUGUGUGUCUACAGCUGUCAUCGGCUCUCUGCAGUUUGGCUACAACACCGGAGUCAUCAAUGCACCUGAGCAGAAAUUGCGAGAGUUCUUCCAGAAUGUAUACCUGGAGCGGUAUGGAAGUCCGCUAACCCCCGAAGCCACCACCCUAAUGUGGAGCUUUGCUGUAGCCAUCUUCAGCGUGGGGGGCAUGGUCGGGUCCUUCUCAGUUGGGAGUUUGGUCAACAGAUUUGGCAGGCGAAAGUCGAUGCUGAUCUCCAACAUCCUGGCUGUGUUGGGCGGUGGUCUAAUGGGACUUUCCUCUUUGAGUCGAUCUUUUGAAAUGGUGGUCAUUGGCCGGCUGAUCAUCGGCCUGUUCUGCGGCCUGUGCACGGGCCUGACACCCAUGUAUGUGGGUGAGAUCUCUCCCACCGCGCUCCGAGGAGCCUUCGGCACCCUGCACCAGCUGGGAGUCGUUAUUGGCAUCCUGGUGGCUCAGAUCUUUGGUCUGGAGUCUCUGCUGGGAUCCAGUAACCUGUGGCCUCUGCUGCUCGCUCUCACCAUCCUCCCUGCCGUCCUCCAGACCAUCAUGCUUCCUUUCUGCCCUGAAAGUCCUCGAUACCUCCUCAUCGUCCUGAAACAGGAGGAAGAGGCCAGGAAAGCUCUGGUGCGUCUGCACGGCCGUGAAGAUGUAAGCGACGAUAUUCAGGAGAUGAAGGAGGAAGGGGUGAAGAUGGCCACGGAAAAGAAAGCAACCGUGCUCGAACUCUUCCGCUCACCAGUCUAUCGCCAGCCGAUCAUUAUCGCCAUCGUCCUGCAGCUGUCCCAGCAGCUGUCUGGCAUCAACGCUGUAUUUUAUUAUUCUACUGGCAUCUUUAAAACCGCGGGUGUGACUCAACCCAUCUACGCCACCAUCGGAGCUGGAGUGGUCAACACUGUGUUCACCGUGGUCUCCCUGUUCCUUGUUGAAAGAGCGGGACGGAGGACGCUGCACCUGAUCGGACUGGCGGGAAUGGCUGUCAGCGCCCUCGUCAUGACCAUCUCCCUGUCUUUAGUGAAAACCAAUGAGUCUCUGAGCUACUUGGCGAUAGUGGCCGUGUUCGCCUUCGUCGCCAGUUUCGAGAUGGGUCCUGGUCCGAUCCCCUGGUUCAUCGUAGCUGAACUCUUCUCUCAGGGACCCAGGCCUGCAGCUAUGGCGGUCGCUGGCUGCUCCAACUGGACCGCCAACUUUUUGGUGGGGCUGGGAUUCCCAAGACUGGAGGAACUCUGUGGUCCAUAUGUCUUCCUCAUCUUUAUGGUCCUCCUCAUCCUGUUCUUCAUCUUCACCUACCUGAAAGUCCCAGAAACCAAGGGUCUGACCUUUGACCAAAUUACAGAUGGAUUUGCAAACAAAGCGGUCCAGUCCUCAGGGCCUGAUGCGGUGAUUGUCAGCUCACAAACGGGCUCAGAACCUGUUCCCCUGUCCCCUACAGAAAAAGUUCCCAUGGUAGAUUAUCCUCCAGAAAUACAAUGAAUGAAAGACUUUUAAAAGAAAACAAAAAGACAGAAAACCUUGUUUCUCACAGACGCUGCAGAACAGCAGGAUGUGUUUAGGACUCAGAGUCUGUCUUUGUGCCUUUGUGCUUUUUUAUUAAGUAUUUUUUAAACGUCUCCCAAUUUUAGCUGCAUAAAAACAGAUUCCAGAAAUCCAAGUCAAACUUGACUGUACUUAAUGUUCGAGGACAUUUUCAGAGCUGGAACUCGCUGCAUUGAGCCACUUAAGAGGAUCAACAUAAGUUCACGUUUUCAGCUGCCCUCAGUGGUCAAAGGUUGUCGGCUUUAGGGGUUUAAUGUAUUGAGGUCAAGCCUGAAAAUCCGGUUUUGGGUCCUGGUUGUUUGACCCAAAAAAAAAAAAAAAAAGACAUGUGUGCCUUAAAACAGCUUUAGCGAAUAUACAGAACAAGCUAGGUUUCCACAUCCAAACGUGGAACAACAAAAGACGUUUAGACGUAGAAGACAGCAACAAAACAAAAACAAAAACAAAAACACCACAAAGUAACGACUGUGUUUUUCUCUUUGGGACUCAGUUUGACCCCCCCAAAAAAUGACCUGUCUGCCUUAAAACUGCUUUAGCGAAUAUACAGAACAAGCUAGGUUUCCACAUUCAGACGUAGAACAACAAAAGACAGACGUAGAAGACAGCAAAAACAAAAAAAAAAAAAAAAACAACAACAACAAAACACCAUGAAGUCACGACUGUUUUUCUCUUUGGGACUCUGGUAGUUUGACCCCCCAAAAAAGAUCUGUGUGCCUUAAAACUGCUUUAGCGAAUAUACAGAACAAGCUUGGUUUACACAUCCAAACGUAGAACAACAAAAGAUGUUCGGACAUAGAAAACGGCAAAAAGAAAACAAAGUUUCUGUCCGUGACUUCAAAUGGUGUUUUUUCUUUUUUUUGCCCUAAAGCUGCUUUAGUGAAUUUGCAGAAUAAGCUAGGUUUCUACCUCCAAAUGUGGAAUACAGCAAAAGAAAAAAACAUAAUAAGUCACGGAUGUCCGUGACUUAUUAUGGUGUUUUUCCUUUUGGGACUCUGGUAGUUUGUCCUAAAUUUUAAGUAGUUGCAGCCAGCUGUACGGAAGUGCGGCGAUUCGGCUUUAGCUCCGAAAGCAAUUGUUGGCGGAGGUUUUUAGACAAAUGUGAAAAUUCAGUAAUUUUUUUCAUUAUUUUUAAUCUCCACAAUUUAUUUAUAUUAUUUUUAUAUUAUGUUGCUAAGAGGCAUGAAAAUAAAUCUUAGGCUAAUGUGUUUACCAAAUUAGCCAUUGUAGCUCUCACGCCAAAAGUACUUUGUCUUAAAUUUCCAGAAAAAUCUAAAAGCCUUAGUUAUUGACUGAAAUUUGUUCUCCAGGAAGUCGAAAAUGUCUUUAUUUUUUUGGAUUUGGCUGUUUAUACUGAUGAAGUAGUAGAACAACAGCUUCUUCACCAGAACAAGAUAAAAAAAAUCUGUAGUUAUAAAUAUAAUUUAACUAUGAAAUAAGUAAUUAAAUGCAUUCAUCACUCUGAAUUCCUUCCAGCGUCCGCUUUACCAUUAAAAGUCGCAUCAAUGGUCAGAAAAAUAACUCAUAAUCUAUAAAACAGUGUUUAAAAUAUUUUUAAAAAUGUGUUCUCGUGUCUGCUGUUGACUGAACGCACAUCCUGCUUUAACUAAGACGUGGCAUCAACUAGAAACACUAAAUAAACAGUAUUUAUUUCAGAUGCACAAGUGUAAUUAAGAAUAAUUGUAAUUAUUAUAUUAUAGAUUAUGUAUAUAUAUUAAAGUUAUCAGCUGUUUUUAUGUCCUGAAGGUGUUUGAUAAGGUGUCUGACUAGCGUCUAAUGACUGCACUGAAUGUAUUUCUCUUUUUCGUGGCUCUGCACAGUUGUUAAUGCAACGCUGCUUCAACAAUGUUCACACUCCUAGUAUGUACAUGUUUUCACUUUCAGUGCCUUUUUUGUGUGAAUAAAAAGAAGGAAAGUUA